CGAGCCGCCUAGGCCGCCCGACGCCCCGCGUAGACGGUGACUGUUUUUUUCUCUCCUCUCGCCCGGACUAAAGUCAAGAUCCUCGUCGUUCGGGACUGCGGAGCGAGUGCGUGCGGAGCCGCGAGCUCGCGAUUGCGAGAGAGCCCAGCGCAAUGAGCUAUCAUCGGGGUAGCGGCAGCAAGCCGAAGGGCUUCGGCUUCACCGGCUUCCAGGUGUCCGGGGCGAAGAGAAGCGGCACCAACGUGCCGCCGCCGCCGCCGAACUCCACCCUCAGCAAGCAGGGCUAUCACACGAUGAACGCCAUCACGGAGAACGCCCUGUCCGCCUGCUGGGGCAUGCCGAAGAAGCGCAGCAAGACCGAGGAAGAGUACUUCGAGGACGAUGACGAACCCCCGACCUCGUCGCUGGAGUACAUACCCGCGCCCGGCUCUCCCACGUACGACCUGCUGAAAAAGUCUGCGAAGAAGGAUGAGAGCGACAGCGAGGAGGACCCGCUGGACGCCUUCAUGGUCGGUAUCGACGAGGAAGUGAAGCGGAACAGUUGCGCGGCGCAGCGCGGCGAUAGUUGUAAGGAGGACAAACCUAAAGGAUUUCGGGCGGACAUUGACGGGGAGGACGACGAGGAAAGUUACUACAGAUAUAUGGAGGAGAAUCCAACUGCCGGUUUGCAGCAAGAAGAGUCGGAUCAAGAGAUCGAGUACGACGAGGAUGGCAAUCCAAUCGCACCGCCGAAGAAGAAGGAGAUCGAUCCGCUGCCUCCGGUCGAUCACAGCGAGAUAGAAUACGAGCCGUUCGAGAAGAACUUUUAUAAUGUGCACGAAGAGAUCGCGAGUUUAAGUAAGCAGCAGGUCGACGACUUGAGAAAGACUCUGGGCAUAAAGGUAUCCGGACCGUCCCCGCCGAAUCCGGUCACGAGCUUCGGGCACUUUGGCUUUGACGACGCGCUGAUCAAAACUAUUCGUAAAAAUGAGUACACGCAGCCCACGCCUAUUCAGGCGCAGGCGGUGCCCGCCGCCUUGAGCGGACGGGAUAUAAUAGGCAUAGCCAAGACCGGUAGCGGUAAAACUGCGGCGUUUAUCUGGCCGAUGUUGGUGCAUAUUAUGGAUCAGCGCGAGCUGAAGCCUGGAGAUGGCCCGAUUGGUCUGAUUUUGGCGCCAACGAGAGAAUUGUCUCAACAGAUCUAUCAAGAAGCAAAGAAGUUCGGAAAGGUUUACAAUAUCCAGGUAUGCUGUUGCUACGGAGGUGGCAGUAAGUGGGAACAGAGCAAAGCGCUGGAAAGCGGCGCGGAGAUCGUAGUCGCUACCCCUGGUAGAAUGAUCGAUUUGGUUAAGAUGAAAGCAACGAGUUUAACUAGAGUUACAUUUCUUGUUCUGGACGAGGCUGAUAGAAUGUUCGACAUGGGAUUUGAACCACAAGUACGAUCUAUUUGUAACCACGUGAGACCUGACAGAGAAACGUUGCUGUUUAGCGCGACGUUCAAAAAGAAAGUGGAGAAGCUCGCUAGGGACGUUUUGACGGAUCCCAUUAGGAUAGUACAAGGAGAUGUCGGUGAAGCUAACACCGACGUGACGCAACAUGUUAUCAUGUUCCAUAACAAUCCUAGUGGUAAAUGGAACUGGCUGUUGCAGAACUUGGUUGAGUUCCUAAGCGCCGGCAGCCUCUUGAUCUUUGUCACCAAGAAGCUAAACGCGGAAGAACUUGCCAACAAUCUCAAACUGAAAGAGUUUGAUGUAUUGCUUUUGCACGGUGACAUGGAUCAAAUUGAGAGGAAUAAAGUGAUUACGGCUUUUAAGAAAAAGGAUGUCAGUACCUUGGUCGCCACUGAUGUUGCCGCGCGAGGCUUGGACAUUCCACAUAUCAAGACUGUUGUCAACUACGACGUAGCGCGAGACAUCGACACGCAUACGCACAGAAUAGGGAGAACAGGAAGAGCCGGUGAAAAGGGUACGGCGUAUACCCUUGUAACGGAAAAGGAUAAGGAGUUUGCCGGACACUUGGUGAGAAACUUGGAGGGAGCAAAUCAGGAAGUACCAAAGAGCUUGAUGGAUUUGGCUAUGCAAAGCGCGUGGUUCAGGAAAUCAAGGUUCAAAGGUGGCAAAGGAAAGAGUUUAAAUAUCGGUGGUGCAGGACUUGGUUUCAGAGGCAGACCCAAUUCAUCGAAUUCGGGUGGCUCAACGUCGCAAGCGUCCAAAGAUAUCAACGAAGUUGUUAAAAAAUUAGAAAGACACGGACCUGGUAGCGACAGACUCUCCGCUAUGAAAGCCGCUUUUCGAAGUCAAUAUAAUUCUCAGUUCCGGGCGUCAUCGGAUCACACCUGGGAACAGACGAUCACACCACCUUCCGUGAUAAUGCCGCCACCGCCAACCGUUCCACCGCCGAAGCCCGCGACGCCAGAGAGCCAAGCUUCCAAUUCCUCGGUGCCGGAACGCAAAAGAGUGCGAAAAAGUCGAUGGGAGUGAUCAAGUUAGUAUACUAUUAUUUGUGCAUAUUAUAGCAGCUGUAUAAUUAUAUUAUAUCGAUAAUGAACUGAGACUUGUUUUAUAUUACAAUAAAAUUUAAUUUUACCAAUUCGUAUGAAAGAGCUAACGCUACCCGCCUUUAGUCAUACUCAUGCCUGAUACUUGAUCACCAAUCCGAUCCCGGCUUAUAACUCCGUCAGCGACAUAUUAAUUUUAUUUUGCUGCAAUUCCGCGGAGGUCAAACCGCGUGCAGUUCCUGCAUCGAUCUGUAAUCGCAUCUUUGAAAGCGCGCGCACGCAAUUUACUUAGAGUGAAUCACUCUAUAAUUAUCCCAUAAGGAGCCGUGGCCG